GCGCUAAGAUGGCUGAAGGCGCCCGGCGAGGGUGAGCAGGGGGCGCGGCGAAGCCAGCCGCAGAGACCUGGGGCGGGCUGGCCCGGGGCCCUCCCCGCGGCCCGGCGCCCGAGCCACCAUGUCGUUUGCGCUGGAGGAGACACUCGAGUCGGACUGGGUGGCCGUGCGGCCCCAUGUGUUUGAUGAGCACGAGAAGCACAAGUUCGUCUUCAUUGUGGCCUGGAACGAAAUUGAGGGCAAGUUUGCCAUAACCUGCCACAACCGGACAGCGCAGAGGCAGAGGAGCGGCUCCCGGGAACCGGUGGGGGCACGAGGGGGCGCCGAGACCGGCGCACCCGCAUCCGACGGGACCCGCGGCCCCGGCAGCCCGGCGGGCAGAGGCCGGCCCGAGAUCGGUGGCCCCGCGGCGCUGGCCAGGAGUCCUGGGCCCCGGAGGAGCCCGGCCUGGGCGGAGGGUGGCUCUCCGCGCAUCGCGCGCAGUCCUCGCGGGGACCCGCCGGUGCGGAGCCCGGCCGGCAAAGGGGCGGAGAGUCCUCUCCAAAGCCCCGCGCGGACCAAACCCAGCCCGGUGCGGAGAGAGGCGGUGGCACCCGCCCCGCCGGCGCCCAGGGAGGCCCCGAUGUCCUCCGUGCGGGUCGUGAGCUCGUCCGGAGCGGUCUCCGAGGAGAUCGAGGUGCUGGAAAUGGUGCGGGAGGACGAAGAGCAGCCACCGCCCGCCGCCGAGCUGGAGUCCCCGGCCGAGGAGUGCAGCUGGGCCGGGCUCUUCUCCUUCCAGGAUCUGCGCGCCGUGCACCAGCAGCUGUGCUCCGUGAACUCGCAGCUGGAGCCUUGCCUGCCGGUGUUCCCCGAAGAGCCCUCCGGCAUGUGGACCGUGCUGUUCGGGGGCGCCCCCGAGAUGACUGAGCAGGAGAUCGACACGCUGUGUUACCAGCUCCAGGUCUACCUGGGCCACGGCCUGGACACCUGCGGCUGGAAAAUCCUUUCCCAGGUGCUCUUCACCGAGACCGAUGAUCCUGAGGAGUAUUACGAGAGCCUGAGCGAGCUGCGGCAGAAGGGCUACGAGGAAGUGCUGCAGCGCGCCCGGAAGCGCAUCCAGGAGCUCUUGGACAAGCACAAGAAUAUAGAGAGCAUGGUGGAGCUUCUGGAUUUGUAUCAGAUGGAGGACGAAGCCUACAGCAGUCUUGCAGAAGCCACAACUGAACUCUAUCAGUAUUUACUGCAGCCAUUCCGAGACAUGAGAGAACUUGCGAUGCUACGAAGACAGCAGAUCAAGAUUUCCAUGGAGAAUGACUAUCUAGGACCUCGAAGAAUUGAGAGUCUACAAAAAGAAGAUGCCGACUGGCAGCGGAAAGCUCACAUGGCUGUACUAUCUAUUCAAGAUCUUACUGUCAAAUAUUUUGAAAUAACUGCUAAAGCUCAGAAAGCUGUGUACGAUCGAAUGCGAGCAGAUCAGAAGAAAUUUGGUAAAGCAUCAUGGGCUGCAGCGGCUGAACGUAUGGAAAAACUCCAGUAUGCAGUUUCCAAAGAGACCUUGCAGAUGAUGAGAGCAAAAGAGAUCUGUUUGGAACAGAGGAAACACGCACUAAAAGAAGAGAUGCAGAGUUUACAGGGUGGUACUGAAGCCAUAGCUCGAUUGGAUCAGUUAGAAGCUGAUUACUAUGAUCUACAACUUCAGCUGUAUGAAGUACAGUUCGAAAUCUUGAAGUGUGAAGAGUUACUGUUGACAGCACAACUGGAAAGCAUCAAAAGACUUAUAUCAGAAAAGAGAGAUGAAGUGGUGUACUAUGACACUUACGAAAGCAUGGAGGCCAUGCUGGAGAAGGAAGAGAUGGCAGCAUCUGUGCAUGCACAGAGGGAAGAACUACAGAAACUACAGCAGAAGGCACGCCAGUUGGAAGCAAGACGGGGACGUGUCUCAGCCAAGAAAGCCUACCUCAGAAAUAAAAAGGAAAUAUGUAUUGCAAAACACAGUGAAAAAUUCCAGCAGCGUUGUCGGAGCGAAGAUGAAUAUAGAACCCAUCACACAGUACAACUAAAGAGAGAAAAAUUACAUGAUGAAGAGGAAAGAAAAAGUGCCUGGGUUAGCCAAGAAAGACAGAAAACACUGGAUAGACUUCGAACAUUUAAGCAGAGGUACCCUGGACAAGUCAUACUUAAAUCAACCAGAUUACGACUGGCCCAUGCAAGAAGAAAAAGUGCAGCAAGUCCUGUGCCCCGUGAAGAUCAGUGUGACUCUCUACCAAGAGUGUUGCAGGGAGAGGAGAAAACAGAAGAGGUGAGAGAAGGAAGAGGCCAGCUUGGGUCACCUCAGACAGCAGAACCCCAGAGCCUUGCACAACUUGAAGAUACUUCAUUAGCACAACUUGAAGCCACUUCAUUACCUCUCAGUGGUGUUACCUCUGAACUGCCUCCCACUGCAUCUCUUCCACUUUUGACUAGUAAUGACCUUGAACCAUGUUCUGUUACCAUAGAUUCACCCCCACCACCUCUUCCUCCAACACCCCCUCCGCCCCCUCCACCUCCACCUCCUCCCCCACCCCCACCACCUCUGCCUGUUGCAAAGGAUGAAUAUGCUGCCACCACCGCAGAGACACUGGAGAAAGGUCUGCCUAGAAAAGAGGGAAAUGAAAAGCGGAUCCCAAAGUCAGCCAGCGCCCCCUCAGCACACCUCUUCGAUAGCAGCCAGCUGGUUAGUGCCCGGAAGAAGCUCAGAAAGACUGCUGAAAGUUUGCAGAGGAGAAGAGUGAGCUCGCCCAUGGAUGAGGUGCUAGCGUCCUUGAAACGUGGUAGUUUUCAUCUGAAAAAGGUUGAACAGCGAACUCUGCCUCCUUUUCCUGAUGAGGAUGAUAGCAAUAACAUCUUGGCACAAAUAAGGAAAGGAGUAAAAUUGAAGAAGGUGCAGAAGGAAGUUUUGAGAGAAUCCUUCACACUUCUGCCUGAUACAGACCCUCUAACACGGAGCAUCCAUGAAGCUCUAAGAAGAAUCAAAGAAGCAUCCCCUGAGUCAGAGGACGAAGAGGAGGCUCUGCCUUGCACAGACUGGGAAAACUAACAAGUGACUUAACAGAAGAAAAAUACCUACAGAUGAAGAUUGGUUCCAUUUCUUUUGGAAAACAAGUUUAAGCUCUUGGUUUCACAGUUGGAUUUCAUUAGCACCAAAGUACAUCGGCUGAGUGUGUUGAGAAAAAAGAAAGCACGGUUGGCGGGUUAUUCCUUUUCCAGUCAUUCCAUUGAUAGCAAACUGGCAUGGGUUUUAGAUGUGCAAUGCACACGACUGCAAUGAAGAAAAGGCCUUGGAGAUGGCUGUUCUUCGUGCACUUUCUCUUCCCAUCUACCCACUUACAUCCUUGUCAUGGCCAGUUAAGCUAGGGGUCACUAUGAAUUGGAAGAACACUGGGUUGACAGAGAUCUACUGUGAACUGUUUUGGGACUGCUUUGGGAUUCAUCUUUCAGUGUACGAAAAGACAUCUGCUGAAAAACAGUUUCUUCCAUAUCGGCUUAUAGUGCAACACUCUGAAAAAGAAGUUAUCACUGUAGCUUUAGGUCAAGAAUUAGAAGGUGGGAAUGCACUAAAAAUUUCCAGUCAUCUCCAGUGGAAUUUUCAUAAAGAUGUUUAACAUGUGAAAAGCCACAGAGAUAUACCUAUUAAUGUGUAUACCACAACGUGAUGUGUUUAACAAGGCAUAUUUUUAGAAGGCCACAGUCUUAUACUUUGUAAGGGUUUGAAGUUGAAAUUUCCAUGCUUUUAAAUAGCUUUUCAUAAUUCUGAAUUUAUAAUAGUUUGAAUUUUAUGUGCAUCUGUUUAUGAAAAGCAAUACUUUGUAAUUUCAUAUUUCAAAUUAUUUUUAGUCUUUUUGUUUGAACUGUUGCUUGAUUACUAUAACUGAUGACUUUCCUAUUGAGAAUCAAAACUCAGGAUUCUAUAUAAUAGGGAUACAAAUCAUAGCGCUUUAUUGUGCACCAUUUUAAGUUUUUACUGUUAUGCUCCACAAUGAAAAAUGCGCUCUGCAAAGGUGCAGAAAGUAGACAAGCAGAAAAGCCUAUUUGGCUGGCAUUUCACCAUCUUCAGAUGUUUUGAAUGGAACUUUAGUAGACAGUCUUUGUAAUUGUCACUAAGUUUUUAAACACAUGUAGCUCUAGGUGCUGAUUUUGCUGUAAUGGAAUCUUGAAGGGUAUGUUAUGUGAAUAGACCCGUCAGGAUGGUCAAGCAGGAUGGUUGUGGUCUUGCCUGUGAAGGUAGAUAUGUUGGACCCAGUUUACAGGACUCUGCUGCCUAAGACAGAUCGUGACUUUUAUGUGGACAGAGUUAAGGACUGAAAUACCAAAAGGAAUUUUUUUCUUAAUAAGGCAGUUCUCUGGCCUACUCCCAGAAAAGCAGUACUGAAUGAACAGUUCCUCAGUGUGUAUGAAUUGGUUAAAAACUGCUCACACUUCUGUCAUUUUUAAAGGGUAUUUUCUUUAAAAUAAUAAUAGAGAAAAUUUUCUGGUCACAGGUCAGAAACAAAAUCUUUGCAUGUUAAUGUUAGAGAUAAAUUUAUCACUAGGAGCUUCUGUGUAGCGUCAGGGCACAUAGCAUAAUUCCCACAUCUUAGAACAUUCAAAAUACAGACCUAAUGUAUAAAUAUCCCAAGGUGGGUGUCAGCACACAUGUCCUUUCUAACUUCAAUAAAGCAUUCAACUUAUUAAAAAAAAAAAAAAAAAAAAA